AUGGCGAAGAGUGUAGAGAGCGUGCCUUUUAGGUAUCAGUUUGGAGCGGGUGCAGUCGCGGGGAUAAGUGAGACGCGGAUUCAACUUCAACAUGGCAAGGCAGCAGGUACGGAGGGAUACACUGGCGUAUUGGAUUGCUUUCGCAAGAUCAUUCGACAAGAAGGUAUAUCGCGGUUGUAUCGAGGCAUUACUGCUCCGAUUCUCAUGGAAGUGCCCAAGCGAGCCAUCAAGUUCUCCGCGAAUGACUCUUUCACAAACUUCUACCAACGCAGCUUCUCAAUGCCAACACUCACCCAGCCUCUUGCCGUUCUGACUGGUGCAAGUGCAGGCGCUACAGAGUCGCUUGUAGUUGUCCCGUUCGAACUUCUCAAGAUACGCCUGCAGGACAAGACUUCUGCUUCGAGGUACAACGGGCUCUUAGACUGCCUGGUCAAAGUGGUGCGUCAUGAAGGUCCUCUAGCAUUGUACAAUGGUUUCGAAGCCACGUUGUGGAGGCACAUCGUGUGGAAUGCAGGCUAUUUCGGCUGCAUCUUCCAAGUCCGCGCCCAGCUACCUGUACCGUCAAGUACUCCAAACCCUGUACGACAAAAGACUAUGAACGACCUAGCCGCAGGAUUUGUUGGUGGUGUGGUCGGGACCACGUUCAAUACGCCGCUUGACGUAGUGAAGAGUCGGAUACAGAGCGUUGCCAAAGUCGCUGGCGUGAAGCAAAAGUAUGCGUGGGCAUGGCCGAGCUUGCUAGUUGUAGCGAAGGAAGAAGGCUUCAGAGCACUGUACAAAGGUUAUGUGGCCAAGAUUCUGAGGUUUGGACCUGGUGGUGGAGUUUUGUUGGUGGUGUAUUCAGCAGUGCUAGACUUCCUAAGCCCUCCUCGAAAAGCGUAG